CCACAUCCGACGGUGGACGAUUCGUAGCUCAAAUGUGUGAAACGACGGUGCACUGUUUGGAAGUAACAAAUGUGCAAAACAUUGAAACAUUCCACCAUCCCAUUGUGCUGGUGAAAGGAAAGAUUAGCAAUCGGUGCACGAACGCAAAACUAGAGGUAUUUUCCCAGCAUCAUCAACCAAUCUCAUAUUCGGCCACUAUUGAAGACGGCGUGAAGAGGGAGUCCCCUGGUCCAGUUUACUUUCGCGUACUUUUACGAUUACACGUCGGUCAAAAUGAUAUAGUUUUGGCGUACUGCGUUGGGGCAAAAUCAUUGACCUUAUGCUACACAGCACCGUCCAGUCGAUAUACGGUUGUGCCACUAUAUAUCAUAUGCGCGGGACACACCGGUCACUAUCAGUCGUACGACACGGAUAAGGAAAACGACAGUGUUAUUGCUUGUCGGAAAAUAACACUUGCCAUCGAACUGCUCCAAUGUUUGUACGCCGAGAAGCUGCAUGAAAAUGGUUUCGGCCGUAAGACGUUCUGCGUCGGAUCCUCCUGCGUACCGUUCCGAAGUUCACUGGAAUUGGAACACUCGACCACCAUGACGGAGGGUGAAUUAUGGCAGUACUUCGCAUCCGAGCUAGUGCAGUGCAGGGAGUACGAUUUAAAGCGUGUUAAAAUAGUUGCCUUUCUGAGCAGUACACGCUUCGAAGGAAUCUCCGAUGGGGACUACUCGUACGAGAACAUCCGGAAGAAAACUACCGGCCACGCUGCCCUCGGAGGCGGUGGAUUAGCCCUGUUUGGGACGGGUUGCCUGUACACCUGGCCCACUACGCUCGAGGCUGUAUGCGAUGCCUUUUCUUCCCAGCGGCCAGUCGACUGUGAUAAACUUCUGGACGAUAGUAACUACAGAAGAACGUAUGGCGGCUGUUACGCCACAACCCUUGGCUCGGUUUGCCACGAAAUGGGGCACAUAUUCGAUCUCGGUCACACACCAGACAGUUCCAUUAUGGGUACCGGACUGGACGGGAUUGACAACGUGUUCGUCGGUUCGAGUGCCGCUACUGGCCCAAAACGACUGAUAGAAACAAGACCACACGGACCGACCGGUAAGCUUACGCAGCUGAAGCGACCGGGUGACGUUUUCCGGGAGCGAUUGGAAUCGAAAUGUAACGACGGAAUCUUUUUCGCGCUCAACAGCGCCGUUACAUUGAACCAUCAUCGAUGGUUUAAUUACAGUUUUGCUAAUCCGGAUGAUAACGGUAGCGAAAUGUUGCAUUAUGCACACAGCACAAGAACGAUUACCAGCACCGAUUCACCGAUCGUCUUGGUGGAAGUCAGGCUUACCUCAAACGGAAUGAUGCAAAAGUUUUGGACUUUUCCGCAAGCGAAGUGUCCGGCUAGUUUUACGAUUCCGAAACUUUCAACAUUUGUAGACCGAACCCUCUUUGCGAUGAAUGCAGUUGGAUGCACUUUAAAAAUGGACCUAAGCAGUAUCAAUUAAACUACAAAUUCCAUAAAACUAUACAUCAGUAUAUUUUGAGGGAAAGAUUUCUUAGUAUAUUGUCCUAUUAAUCCGAAAAAUUGAAACAUUUCAACGAUCUAGUGGGUCAUGCUGGGUAUGCUUUAUAAAACAAUGUA